AUGAAAGCUCAUGUACUCCUUUCUCUGGAAUACAUCUGCUUGUCGCUACCUCUUUUCCAGCAGGUUUUCUCUCAGUUCCCGCGAGAUUGUGCCACUGUUCAGGCUUUAAGAAAUGGUGUAUGUUGUCCAGAUUUGUUCCCCUUUUCCGGACCUGGGACCGACCCCUGUGGCUCCUCAUCAGGCAGGGGCAGAUGUCAGGCAGUGAUUGCAGACUUCCGGCCCCAUAGUCCUCAGUACCCACAUGACGGCAGAGAUGACCGUGAGGGCUGGCCCAUGCGGUUUUUCAACAGGACAUGCCAAUGCAAUGGCAACUUCUCAGGAUACAACUGUGGGACUUGCCGUCCUGGAUGGCGAGGAGCUGCCUGUGAUCAGAGGGUCCUCACAGUCAGGAGGAAUCUUCUGGAGUUAAGUACAGAGGAAAAGAGCCGCUUUGUCCAGGCCCUGGAUAUGGCGAAACGCACCACUCACCCUCAGUUCGUCAUUGCCACCAGGAGAUCAGAAGAAAUACUGGGGCCAGAUGGCAGCACACCACAAUUUGAGAAUAUUUCCAUUUAUAACUACUUUGUUUGGACUCACUAUUAUUCAGUCAAAAAGACCUUUCUCGGGCCAGGCCAGGAAAGCUUUGGUGGUGUGGAUUUCUCUCAUGAGGGACCAGCUUUUCUCACCUGGCACCGAUACCACCUGCUGCAGUUGGAGAGAGAUAUGCAGGAAAUGUUGCAGGACUCUUCUUUCUCCCUUCCUUACUGGAAUUUUGCAACUGGGAAGAACGUCUGUGACAUUUGCACCGAUGACUUGAUGGGAUCAAGAAACAACUUUGAUUCCACUCUUAUAAGCCCCAAUUCAGUUUUUUCUCAAUGGCAAGUGAUCUGUGAAUCCUUAGAAGAUUAUGACACCCUGGGAACCCUUUGUAACAGUACUGAGAGUGGACCAAUUAGGAGAAAUCCAGGUGGAAAUGUGGCUAGGCCAAUGGUGCAACGGCUUCCCGAACCACAGGAUGUAGCUCGGUGCUUGGAAGUUGGUUUAUUUGACACACCUCCUUUUUAUUCCAAUUCUACAAAUAGUUUUCGAAACACAGUGGAAGGUUACAGUGAUCCCACAGGAAGGUAUGACCCUGCUGUCCGAAGCCUUCACAAUUUGGCUCAUCUGUUCCUCAAUGGAACAGGGGGACAAACUCAUUUAUCUCCAAAUGAUCCUAUUUUUGUCCUCCUACACACUUUCACUGAUGCAGUCUUUGAUGAAUGGCUAAGGAGAUAUAAUGCUGAUAUAUCCACAUUUCCACUGGAAAAUGCCCCUAUUGGUCAUAACAGACAAUACAAUAUGGUGCCAUUCUGGCCUCCAGUUACAAACACAGAAAUGUUUGUUACUGCUCCAGACAACCUAGGAUAUACUUAUGAAGUUCAAUGGCCAAGUCGGGAGUUUAGUAUUUCCGAGAUUAUCACCAUAGCGGUAGUUGCUGCUUUAUUGCUAGUUGCCAUCAUCUUUUUGGGUGCUUCAUAUCUGAUUCGUGCCAGAAACAACAUGGAUGAAGCAAAUCAACCACUACUCACUGAUCAGUAUCAACAGUACUCGGAAGAAUAUGACAAAAUACAGAAUCCUAAUCAAUCUAUGGUCUGAUAAUAAGAUAAUUAAUUCUCUUAUGCUUUAGUAUCACAAAAACAUGUGUUU